UGGGCGGACAAGCGCGGAGACGCUUUGCUUGGCAGUUCACUUUGCGGGCUGCUGGCUCGCCGCGCAAACGGCGGAUGACUGCCAGCAUGACGAGUCGGCUGUCAGACAGUAAUGGAGGAUAGAGACGUCUCACUUGCACAUUCCUCCCGUCCUGCACCCGAUCGAGCGCACUUCUGCUAGAAGCCUGUCACAGUUCUGCGGUCCUCUGCACCACCCCGUCGACCAAUCCCCGAUCCGCGGUAACGAGCUCGCGCCGCAAAAUGCCAGAGAAGGCAACCACCAUCGCAACUUAUGCGGCAGGCGCAUCCCUCGCCGCCAUCACUCUAGUCUACGUCUUUGGACCCACCUUCUUCCUGGACGACGAGACGACGAGCUCCAGCACCAAGAAGAAGGGCGUGGUCGGACUGAGUAAUGCGGCAAACGACUGCUUCAUCAACUCGGUACUGCAGACCUUGGCCGGCUUGCCAGACUUGCGCAUAUACUUGAUUAGAGAGACACAUAGAAGGAAGCUUGAUGGACCGGAAGUGUACCUUGUGGAUCCGGACAAGUCAAAUGCGGAGAAUACGAACAGCAGGCCGGGGAAGCUCGAGGGUCUGCAGAAGGGUCUGCUUACACACGGCUUGAAGGACAUCCUCGACAAGUUGAACGAGCGACCCAUUUACAGGAAGACGAUAUCGCCGCAGUCAUUCAUACGCUCACUCGAGCAUGCUUUUGGGACACGCAUCAGCCGGCAACAGCAAGACGCGCAAGAGUUCCUGCAGAUCGUCACUGAGCGACUGUGCGACGAGUACCAUGCCGGUACAAAAGCUAGACGACAUGCAUUCCGCCAUAGCAUCGCAUUAGAGAACGGUGACAGUGCGCCUGGCCGGCACGAGACCGAGGAGCAACUCGGCGUUCAGCCACUGCAAGAUGGUGUCAAGAACGAAGGCGAAGAUGAGGAUGCUCUUUUGCCGGAUGAAGAGGGCUUUCCAUUCGAGGGCAGAAUCGAGUCUCAGAUUGAGUGCUUGACAUGUCAUUUUAAACCGAAGCCUUCCUCUUCGGCUUUCGUGACCUUGACUCUCAGUGUACCGCAAGUCUCCUCGACAACCCUCAAUGCAUGCUUCGAUGGCAUGCUGAAGGUCGAGCAUAUCGAUGACUUCAGGUGCGAGUGGUGCCGUCUUGAUCACGCCGUGAAGACAAAAGAGCAGGAGCUUGAGAAAGCUACUGAUCCCGAGAUCAGAAAGCGCUUGGGAUCAGACAUUACUAAGAUCAAGCAAGCCCUAGAAGACGACCCGGAAAGCCCACCCGAGGACGUCGAGUUUCCAGACUCAAAGCUGGUACCAAAACGCCGCAUAGCGCGCCACAUGCACAUAUCUCUGUUUCCUAAGGUGCUCGCUGUGCACCUUUCAAGGUCGAUGUUCGCCGUUGGGACCGUAUCGACCAAGAAUUUGGCCAAGGUUUCAUUCCCAGAGGCACUACCACUUGGUGGCUUGCUGCAUCGGAAGAACUACAAGCUACUAGGAAUGGUCACACAUAAGGGUAGCCACAGUAGUGGGCAUUACGAAUCAUUCCGACGGCAGGUGCAGCCCAUACCCUUUUCUACACCACACUCGUUUGGCCUCGAAGGCGCAUACAGCCGCCAGGCCAGCCCGCUGCCUUCUGCAGCUGCUUCAGCAAUGCAGAGCCCUCGACUGUCAUCUACGAACUUCGACGGUUCGAGCGAUUCUGCAUCGCCUAUCCCCUCACACUUGACGCUAGACUCACCUUCUCUGCAGUCAUUAUCAUCAAACUCAUCACAAGGGACACCAGGGCCACGAGGACCGGCGCCAACCUCUGCACCUCGGGCGGAUGGCGACUCUUUGCAACCAUCGCCCUCAUCAGGCGAAUCUGCAAGCAAGCUAUCGCGAACGCAGAGUUUGCGAUCGCUCAAGGAUAAGGCAUCAGAGAAGGCGCAGUCAAUGGUAGACAACAACCCCCUCAAGCGCAAAUCUAGGCGCACUGUCAACCGCUGGUGGCGCAUCAGCGAUGACAAGAUCAAGGAGAGCAAGACGAGCGAAGUGCUCAGCAUGCAGAAGGAGGUUUAUCUCCUAUUUUACGAGCUUGACCGAUGAAUGGUGAUAUUCUUAGGCGUUCUUUUCUGCAAGCAUACGAGCGGCAUCUUUUCUUCUUUGAUGCAUUUUUUCUCAUCUAGACACUAGACUAGAUUACUUUCGCUUUCAUUAAGCAUACAGCGAAGCCGCUGUGAGACUCGUGGAGAUGGUUUGUGGACUGGAAGGGUCGGCGCUAUUAAUCAUCAAUGAUAUCAUUGGUCGAGUGCACCACGUAUAUUAC